CAUAAUUAUUGUGCGUUGUGGAUGUUGACAGGAUCAGCGAGUUGACAAUGCAGCGACUAUUAAGGCCCUGGUAUCACCCUAAUUUCUCCUUCUAUCUCUCCUCCUAUGGAAAGCGCUACAAAAAAAAUGCCUAGACAUCCUCCACGGAUUCACUAACAAGGUUAUAAAAGAGCGAAAGAUCACAAGAGCCUUACGCAUGCAGGAUUCUGAAGCAACAUUAAUUGAAGAGGAAAGACAUUGGAACCAAGAAGAGGAUGGCUUUUCUAGACCUGCUAUUGGAGGCUGCAGAGCAAGAAGGUUCUCAGCUGUCAGACUCAGAGAUACGAGAGGAAGUUGAUACUUUUAUGUUUGAGGGUCACGAUACCACCACUGCUGGAAUCUGUUGGUCUCUCUACUUGCUUGGAGCUCAUCCUGAAAUACAGGAAAAGGUGGUAGAAGAACUGAAUGAUAUAUUCCAAGGAUCGGACAGGAGUGCGACAACUCGGGAUAUUAAUGAGAUGAAAUACCUUGAGAGGGUGAUCAAGGGAGGCUCUGAGAGUUUUCCUAGUGUUCCCUUCAUUGGCCGUAAAGUUACUCAAGACACUCAGAUCGGUGACUACUUGAUACCAGCUGGAUCUGUUCUGAGUCUCGAGAUCUUCCAAGUUCACCGAUGUCGUGACCAAUGGCCUCAGCCAGAGACCUUUGACCCUGACAACUUCCUGCCAGAACGAGUCAAGACUCGACACCCUUAUGCUUAUGUGCCCUUCAGUGCUGGUCCUCGCAACUGCAUAGGUCAGAAGUUUGCUUUGUUGGAGGAGAAGACUGUGAUUUCCUCAGUGUUAAGGAAUUUCAAGGUGGAGUCCUUGGAAAGGUUAGAGGAUAUAAAUUUGAUGAAUGAACUGAUCCUGAGGCCUGAGUCUGGCCUGAAGGUCAAGCUAUACCCCAGGUCCUCAAAGUGAAGUAGAAAACACUGAUCUUGCCUGCAGGAGUGGGAACUUAGUCGAUCAUGAAGGCUGAGAGAGAGAGAGAGAGGCAAACAAUGUGAAAAUC